AUGUUGAAUGAUUCGUUGAUUUCUCAGCGGCUAAAACAAGUCACUAACUCUCUCGAAGAGCAAUUUGCUUUUUGGAGUAGGGACAAAGAAAUUUCCCAAUCGGCAUUAUCAUUGCCGCUAAACGAGUUUGUCAUAGAACUAAAACAGGAAGCUGAUCAAGUGAUUGCCGCCAUCGAAAAGAAUGUGAGACAUGACAUGCAUUGGGAUACAUUACAGACAAAGUGGUCGCAAUUGAUAUCUCACGGACAAGAUACACGAGACGCAACUGCUAUGAAGGACAUUGAUGUAGCAGGACAUGAGACUCUUAACGAUGAUAUUGUGACAGUGCCUAAUGUCUCUACAGACAUUGGUUUCGAACAUGGUGUAAACGAGUCUCAGGCUACAAACGCGGACAAAUAUUUAUUUGAUAUAAUCUUGCAGUAUAUGGACAUUUUGCAGUUCUAUUAUGACAUGCAACUAUCGAUGGAUCAUUACCAUGCUCUAGUACAGGCAAGGGACUAUUAUUCUAAACUCAGAGGAUCAGUGUGGAAAUACACUGUGAUACCGUUCCAAUUUUGGAAGCAUGGAUUCCAAGUAUCGACUCUAAGGACUAUGUUUACGGCCAAGACUUUGAAAGUAAACGACUUAGUGAAUGCCGCUGAUAUCUUAGCAACACCAACAAGGCUCGUAAACUUCCAAUUGGAUGAUGUAUCGAAAAAGCUAACCUCGGAAAUUGAUUCCCUAUUGGUAUCAACAGGUGAAGAAUUGUCCCGUUUUGAAAACAAGACAUAUGAUGAGAAUGAUGGCGGUAAAAAAGCUGACACAGAAUCGACUUUGAAAGAUGUGUCCUUGGAUAAAAUCAUGUCUCGUUUGAAUGCCGUGUCCCAUCUACAAUUCACCAUACCAGAAGACGUCCGUAUCCCCCCUUGGUAUCAGAGACAAUGGUUUCAAUUGUCUGUGUUGUCCAUUUACGGACCUAUGCUUUUGAAGAAACUCGUUCAAAACGGACAAUCUCUAUGGACAACUGUGUCUCAAGGUUCAUAUGAGUUUGUGUCAGGUCUUUGGGAAAAUUGGAUCUGGACACCGAUUACUCAGAUCUGGGACACCGUUAGAUUCGAUUCAGGAGAAUUAUAUGUCACAACAAAGGACAACUUGACAUCGGAAUUGAACUCAUUAAUCCGAAUGAUUGUCGAAUUUCUCCGAGAUCGUUCUCCACCGGGAACUAAUGUAGAUGUUGAUUCCUUAACGAAACAGAUUAUGGACGGUGACUUACAAGAUUUUAUGAAGAUUUAUGAACAUCAGAUCGAGAACCCUGUGAAAAGCAUUGUUUUUGACAAUAUGGUUCGUUCGUUGUUGAUUCAAUUGCAAAAGGUGAAGGUUGACGGUUCGAUGGCUAUGAAUGGUAUCAACAAGCUUUUAAAAUCUCAACAAUUACUCUUUUCUAUUGUGUCCUUACUUCCAGCGCUUUUGAUUAUUUGGGCUUUACGGAAUUUCUUGAGCCAUUCAAUAAGCUCAGGUGUUGAAUGGGCUAAGGAUUUGGAGGGCACCAAGUUCACCAUCAAUAGGUCUUUGAAUGAAAUUGAAAGAUUAUUGAAUGUGCCACUAUCGGAAGAAGUAAUCCCUCACGAUGAACAGAUGAAGAGUCUUGCAUUACUCAACUUGGAGGUAGCCACGUUGAAAAUGGUUAUGGUCAAAUAUUUACCCAAGAAUUAUAAACCAAUCUGGGUCCGUGAUUGUAACGACCUCGGCGAUUACGGUUCAACAAAUGAAGCUAAGAUAAACGUUAUUAACAGAAUUCAUCAUAUGUAUGGCAAAUUUAUGUAG